CAUUUACUUAAGUUUUGUGUCUUUGGAUAAAUGUGAAGGCAAAGCCAAUAAAAAAAUACAUAACGAAAUUUUUCAAUUCGAAUUCAGAAUUGUGUUUGAAUAGAAUUAGCGUUAUAUUCUUGAAUUGUUUUCUAAAUAAACUUAAGUUUUAUUUCUUUUGUUUUUAAUAUUGGAAGUUAACGAAAUUUACGUAUUUUUACGAUGAAUGAAUUUGAAUGUUUGGAAGAAGAAGUAAAAGAACUUCUACAAAAUUAUAAACAUAAAAAAGCAACAGUUUAUGAGCCAUGUACUCCGAAUAAUAUUAAAGAGUGUCUAAUUGGGUUAAGUGAAGAAUUAGGGCUAUGUAAUGUUAAUUAUAAUUUCAAGCCUCAUAUUGAUAUAGAAAAUGGAAUAUUGGAGCCAGAAGCUCUUAUAAAAUUGAUUAAUGCCGUAUGGGCAUUAUUACAUUAUCAUAAAAACACACUGGAAAAGACUAAUAGAUUAGAAGAACAAAAUCACAUUUUUGAAAAUAACAAUAAACAACUAACAGGAAGUAUAAGCAAACUUAAAGAUAAACUAAAUAUAGAAAAGAAUGAGUCUAGAGCUUGUGUUGCAACAGCACAAAGAGUUUCUGAUCGUUCAGAUGAGUUAUUACAAUCACUCAUGGAAACAAGAGCAAAAUUGCUUAGACUCACAAAACAAAAAGAAGCUAAUGAAAAGAGCUUCCGUAAUGAAAUAACUAAACUUAAAAAAGAGAAUGAGAAACUGUUGGACAGGUUAAGAAGUAAAUCAGGUACUCGUGCAUCAUGUGGGGAAGUGUGUGACUCCACCUUAUUACAUCUGAAGGAGCGUGAGAGGAAACACCAAGCAGUUAUAACACAACUUCAGACUAACAACCAGGAAUUAUUGGAGGAAGUAUUAGCUUUGAAAGAAGAAAUUCUCCUUGGUGGAUUUGGAAAUCUCGAAAUAGAAAACAAUAAAAAAUAAUAUAUUAUUUUUCUACUUUUGAUUUUUAAUAUUCGAUUGUAUUGCAAAUAUUUAAUAACAGUUCCAAAGCUGAUUAUGGCCUUUACAAUGUUACAAUGCUUGGAAAGGAUAGAUAAUGAAAAUUUAGCAUCUUUGACAUAUAUUAAUAAUUUAUUGUAUUAUAUAGAACUAAUUAAUUUAACUUUAUUAACAAAGUAUACUGUAUUUGUUUUGCUAUAAUUAUUAUGAUCUCUUAACAAUUGUGAUUCUAUAAUUUGUUAAUAUUUUAAUAAUUAAUAUUAUAGAUGAAUGAAUGUAUAAAUAAAUUCUUGUUAUAAGAGUAGAGUCCUCUUGAAUUGAAGCAGUCAAGAUUUUCAUUGUUUCAGCCUGCCCAAUGGAGGGGGCUGUGACGUGAUAUGUAAGCAUGCAUGUACAGUAAUAUUAAAAAAAAUAAACAUUAUCAGUAUUAUCUCAUUAUUUGUGACACUUGACAUCAAUUCGUUAAUUAGUAUGAUAAGAAGAUUUUUUUUUAUAUAAAUUGAUUAAUAUAGUUUUGUUAACAUUGUUGAUAUUAAUUAAAAGAAUAAAUUUUUAAAAAUGUUUACAGAAUUUUUUACAACUUCGUAGUAAGUUUAUCAUUUUACGAUUCACACACGACUAUAUUAUCUGUAUUUAAUAUUGUAAUUAGUGGUAAUAAGACUUUAAAUGAACCCAUUAUUUGUAAAUGCAAAUUAAGAUAACGACAUUUAUACACAAAUUGGAAUUUAACGAGUGUUGUCCCUUUGGAUUACAGAAUAGUGCCUAUUAUUUCUCAGUGUGUCGAUUGUCGAAUAGUAAACACGGUCGUGUGACGUCGCUCAUUUGUUGUCGAGGCUGAGCAGCAUACGUCUCUAGAAUUAAUUACAAGCAACACCAGUUGCCGAACAGUGUGAGCACAAUAUUUUAUGACGCCACGAAAACCACAACCACAACAUUUGGCGUAACUAACCAAUCGACGCUUCCUUCUAUUGAAUCAUUCUGCAUUCGACCGCUACAGUGUGCGCCCGCGCUUUGUUUCCAUUUUAAACGUGGCUCUAUCGCGAGUGUUUCUACAAGUCUGAUAAGAUUAUUACAUCAGAGUGAUAACAAUCUUCAAGGGAACAAAUUUUUCCUCGUUCAAAGAUUAAUUUUUAGUUUGCGAAAUGCAUCAACUGUAACAAUAGGU